AUGCCAGAUAUAGAAUUAUGGACUAGUAAAAAAGUCUUAAAAGUGGAAGGUGGUGAGGAAAUAUUGAAAAAAAAUGAAGGAUUUGACUCAGAGAACGUGAUAAAAAAUGUUGAAGUAUUGAACAAGAAUGCAGGAAAUGAAGAAUUUGACCCAGAUAAAUAUAUCAAAGAGUUUGAAGAAUUAAGCAGGAAUGCAGGGAAAAUACAAGAGGAAACACUAAGGAAGGUACUAGAAGAAAACGCCUCAGCCGAGUACUUGCUAGAAGUAGGCCUUAAUGGAAGAGCAGACGAGGAGAGUUUUAAGCAACGUGUUCCUGUUGUAACUCACAAGGAUUUGGAACCCUAUAUUCAAAUGAUCAUCAAAGGAGAAACAAGUCCUAUUCUUACUGGAAAACCUUUUACUUCCUUUUCUGUUAGCUCUGGAACGACUCAGGGAAAACGCAAGUUUGUACCUUUCAAUGAUCAACUCUUUGAUAAUACUAUUCAACUCUUUCGUACUACUUUUGCUUAUCGGAACAGAGAGUUUCCUAUAAAAAAUGGAAAAGCAUUGAUGUUCCUUUACAGUAGCAAACCGUUCUUAACUGAAGGAGGCCUUCCUGCUGCAACAAAUGUUUGCCACCACCGCGGAUAUAAAGAUUUACUGAAGAACAUUCGUUCACAAAGUUGCAGCCCUGAUGAAGUCAUUUUCGGGUCUGUUUUCAAUGAAUCGUUAUACUGCCAUCUUCUGUGUGGCUUAUUGAGCUACAACGAGGUUGAAAGUAUUUACUCAACAUUUGCUCAUAGCAUUGUUCAAGCUUUUGAAACAUUCGAACAAGUUUGGGAAGAUCUUUGCUCUGAUAUCCGAUUUGGAAUCUUGAACGAGAGAGUCACUGACCCAAAUACUCGUGCUGCUAUGUCCAAACUGCUUAAGCCUAACCCCGAGUUGGCUGACAUGGUUACUAGAAAAUGCUUGGGUUUAAGCGAAUGGUAUGGCCUUAUACCAGAGCUUUUUCCGAAUGUUAAGUAUGUUUAUGGGAUAAUGACGGGCACUAUGGAGCCUUACAUUAAACAAUUAAGGCGGUAUGCUGGGGGAUUACCUUUGGUUUGUGCUGAUUACGCGGCUUCUGAAGGAUGGAUUGGGGCAAAUAUCAACCCAAGAUCGCCUCCUGAAGAUGCCACCUUUGUUGUUAUUCCGAACAUAGCAUACUACGAGUUUAUUCCUUUGAAGGAGGCUAUGAAUGGAGGUGCUGAACCAAAACCUGUUGGACUUGCUGAUGUUAAACUUGGUGAAGAGUAUGAAAUCAUCCUCACCAAUUUUGCAGGUUUAUAUCGUUACAGACUAGGAGAUACUGUCAAGGUAGCAGGCUUCCAUAACUCAACUCCGGAGCUCAAGUAUGUAUGUCGUCAAAACCUCAUGCUUUGCAUCAACAUCGACAAGAACACUGAGAAAGAUCUACAGGUGGCCGUAGAAGAAGCAAGCAAGUUAUUGGUAGCAGAAAAGGUAGACGUGAUUGAUUUCACCAGCCACGUUGACUUAACCAAAGAAGUAGGUCACUAUGUCAUAUUCUGGGAGCUAAGUGGUGAACCUGAUGAAAAUGUUCUAAAGGAAUGCUGCAACUGCUUGGACCUAUCAUUUGUUGAUAUAGGGUAUGUCAUAUCGCGUAAGGCAGGAAUGAUUGGACCACUUGAGCUUCGGAUUGUGAGGAAGGGAACGUUCAAUAAGAUACUGGUGCAUUGCUUGAACAUGGGAAAUACUCCUAACCAGUUUAAGACACCAAGAUAUGUUGGGUCUAACAAUAAGCCCCUCUUCCAAAUUGUAUGUGAUAAUGUUGCUAAAAGUUACUUUAGCACUGCAUAUUAAUGAAUUAGAGUGAUGUGUUUCAUCAUCCAUAAUAAGUGUAUGUUUCAAGCAAACUUUGCUUUAUGUUUUUUCUCAAUGACAGAAUAAAACUUUUGUUGUUUA